UUCCCAAUUUUUGGAACGCCUGCCAUCAUUAAGCUUGGAAUUCUGUCAAUAUUUUCAAAAUGAAUGGCUAGGCAGGGAAGAAUCGUGGGCAUAUUGCUACAGGAAAGGGAUGGGAAUUAAUACCAACAUGCUGGUGGAGGCAUUUCAUCGUGUUUUCAAGUAUAAUUACCUGAAAGGGAAACACAACAGAAGAGUUGACAACUGCUUGUUCAACCUCCUGAAGUACACCCGAGAUAAACUGUUUGAGAGGUUAAUAAAACUGACAAAAGGAAAGAGCACUAACAAAUUGAAGACCAUACAAGAUCGCCACAACAACAGCAAAGGAUUGAAGAUUGACAGUGUUCAAUGCGUCGACGAAUCAAAAUGGCUGAUAAAAAGUGAAAAAGGUUCCGACACAUAUACAGUCACCAAGCAACACCAGCAUACAUGCACAGACACAUGUCAGUUACGAUGCACAGAAUGUAGCACUUCAGUGUGCAUACACCAGUAUACAUGCACCUGUCAUGAUUAUCUCAUUCAGCACACCAUAUGCAAGCACAUACACCUGUUGCAACACUUUUUAUCUGUUGACACCAAACAGACAAAUGAUAUUGCAAAUGAAGUUUUGAACAGUUCGCAAUCGCAAGAUUUUGUACCUGAGGAAUUGGGACUUUUAACAUCACAUCUCCACAUGCAAAAUAAGGUGUCAAAUGAUAUUGCAUCCCUUAAACAAGGCAUCAAAAGGAAACUUCUUACAUUGUCAGAACAAAUUGAGUCAUGUACCAACAAAGAAGCAUUGCAACAGUUAGACAAACAAAUCAAUGCUGCACAGAACGUCUUUUCAUCGCUGCAAAAGCAUCCAUGCCUCCAUCACAAGAUGCAACCAAUAUCUAACACACCAGCUAAUAAAAAUAUUGAAAAGCAGAAAGGAUUUCGAUCAACCAAGAAAAAAGCCAAAACAACCAACAAAUCUAGAUUGACAAAACCAAGCAAAGAAGAUAUCCUUUCACUCUUUCCAAACACUAAUGAUCCUGAUGAUGUUCAAGAGUUGCUUAGUUGCUUUGGUGUUUCAAACAAAUUAAUCAAGAUGGUCAUGGAGACAAACAAGCCUCUUUCAGAGAAAGACAUCCACCUUGACAAAAAACAUCCAUCAGAAGAAGCAUUGAAUUUCAACAUAAUAUCCAUCAAACAGUACUUAGAUCAAAAAGCAUGGGAAAAAGUUGUCAACUCAUUUCAGAAAUUACAAGAAGAGUGGAGGUGCUCUACAUGCAACAAAGCUAGCUGUGAAGAUAUGAUAAUGUGUGAUUCAUGUUCAACCUGGCACCACUGGGAAUGUGUAAAAAUCAAAAGUGAACAUGAUGAAUGGUAUUGUCAAAUAUGUGAAAAUCUAAAUCAGGAUAUGUCAUCCAACUAACAAUAUCGAAUUGACAAUUAGGGAGACAAUUGUCAAUCAUUUUCACUUGGCAUUCAUGUUUAUGUUAUUGACAACUUUUAUU